CGGAGAAGGCCGUGCACCCAUGCUCCCAAAGCCGCACCCCUGCCUUACCAAUCAUUAAUCACCCGGCCGAGAAGGAGCAAGCAGGAAAGGGCCGGGUCUCCUCGGCCCCCACGGGAGCAGCAGCAAGCAGCGCUGGCCGCUGCCCUGGGGUGCUCAUUCUCCGACCACCCUCCCCUGGGAGGCCCUGUGGAGGUGGCCAGUCCUGCAUGCACUGCCCUUUCCUUCAGGAAGGUCACUCAGUCCAGGAAACAAGAGGCUUUGCCUGGUCCUGGGAGCUGCUGGGCUACGUGUGAGGUGGGGGCUCUGAAACCCCAGGAGUUUCUGCCUGGCUGUACCGCAGCCUUCAUCUCUUCGCCAUGCAGCACAAGGCAUUUUGGAAUGCCCUGGAGUACACCUGCCGAUUGCUGGGCAUCUCUACCGCAGCAGUGCUGAUCGGUGUGGGCACAGAAACUCUGCAGCGAGGACAAUUUAAAAGCCUGGCUUUCUAUCUGCUUUUUUCAGGGGUUGCAGUUACUGUCUGCGAAGGCUUCUUCUUUAUCAGUUUGUUCCUGGAGAUGUGCUUCACUCACAAGCCUGAAUUCCUGGCACAGGCCUUCUGGAAGCGAGCUAGAUGCCCAGGGAGCUUCCAGAAAUUCCUGGGGUACACGCUGCUCUCAGUGGCUUGCUUCCUGCACCCCGUCCUCGUCUGGCAUGUCACCAUCCCUGGCUCCAUGCUGGUGCUCACUGCCCUGGCCUACUUCCUGCUGAGCAAGAGGAGGAAGAGCCCAGGGCACAAAGACAUGCAUCCCCAGGCAGGUCAGUACGUGGACCCUUCAACCACCGAGGCAGCCCCAACCAUCAUUGGUGACACUGAGCAGACCUACACCUUCCACGGGGCCCAGAGGGAGCAGCACCGCUCGCUUCUGGGCCAUAUGAAGAGCAUCCUGAAGGGCAGCAAGGACAGCAGCUCAGCCCCAGAAGCUCCUGUCCAACCAGCAGCCGUGCCAGCCCCUCGCAAGCAAGUGCACUUUCAGGAGAAGGUGGUGCAGAUCAUCCCCUCCGUCAGCGGGGACUUGGAGGAUGUGGAGAGUGAGGCUGAGGAGACCACAUCGGACACAACACCCAUUCUCACCUCCCCUGAUGCCCCCAUCAUCAUCGCCCCUCUCAGCUCUGCCGGCCUCUUUUGAGCCCUCAGCAGGAAUGAGGACAGGACAGACAAAGGCCCCAGGAGGUGGCCCUUUUUGCCUCCUGGCACAAAACUGGCAUCCUUUUCGGGGUGACAACUGUGCCACUCCCUCUUCAAGGGUCUGCCUGCACUCCCUGGUCCCCUGCACUGUGGCAGGCCCAGGGGACGGUGCUGGUUCAGCCGGGGUAGUGCCAGCACAGGUUUCUGCUCCCACGGCCUCACCCGUGUCACCCGCGUUCAGCACUACACACAGCGUCGUGCUCCUCCUGACGCCACAGCCAUGGAGCGUGCCUCCCUUCUGGCAGACACAGGCAGGAGGAGAGGAGACCUCCAUGUCCCAGAGCAGCCUCUGCUGGGGCACUUGUGUCCCUCUGGCCCUCACUGCACACUCAGAGCUCAGGGCUGCAUUCAGCACAGGCACUGCAGCCUGCAGGUUCCCUCUCAGCACUGCACCUGCUGCAGCAGCCUGAGACAUGCACAACGUGUUUCUGAGGUGGGCUGAGACCAAACACACCCCUGGCAUUAGCAUCUGCUUAGUACCUCCCCAGGCACUCUGAGCCCAGCAGGGAAAUCAUCUCUGGCCUUCCGGACACCUAAGCAGGAGCAGAGACUUUCCAGGUGUCCCCUGCUUGGACAGCCCCCUUGAAUUAGAAGAACUUUGGGGUGAUAUGGCAGCCUGGGUCUUGUGGUUCAGCACCACACUGGCACAGCAGACUGUGUGCAACUCCAAUGUGUGUAAUUAUGGUCCCCAGAGGGCAAAGGCAAUAAUAAAAUUACCAGACUGUUCCACCAGUUUCUUCCAUGCCAGGUCUUCCCUGAACCCCUUAACUCUGGCUUAAUCCUGGCAUAAUUUCUGCCUUUUGAGGACCAUUCGGUCAUAAUCAAGCAUUUCCCUCCUAUGCAGCUCCCACCUGAGGACAUGUGGGAAGACCUUAGGUGGCUGGGCUCCCUUGGACAUGGGACAGGAAGCCACGCUGUCACUGCUGCUGGGAUGAAUAGCUAUAAAUGCUCUGAGACCAGGCACAUAGUACUGGGGGGAAGUGAUGGUAAUUAGAGAAAGUUCCUGGGACCUGCUAGACUAUUUAUAAGGUAGAAGCCAGUUAGCUGACUGGUUUUUUUUGUAAAUACAUUGUUUCUUCUAUUUAACAUUUCAGCUCUCCAAAAGGCAAUCACUGUGUUCAUUUAGGAAAGCAGUGUAGGUCAAAGUUUAAUCAGAAUGCAAUUGAGAUAAGAAACCAGUGCUACUUUUUAAUAAACUCUU